AUGAAGACGGGUGCGUCCUGCGUUGAGCAUCCAUCGAGCAUGCCCGAUAAGGUGUUUGCUGCGCAGCUACAGUUAAUUUGUGAGGCACUAAACACUUCGGGCGAAAACUCGGGCAAGUGGGGAGGACGUUUGGAGGCCCUUCGGCAACUUGAAGUCUUUUCCAGAGCUGACAUGUCGAAUCGUCGCGAUUUCAUGAUGCUUAUGAAUACUUUCGUGAAGGUUCCCCUUCAAAAACACAUUGAAGAGGAUCGUGCUGCGCUAAGCAACGAAGCAUGUCGAGUGGUUACAUCGCUGGCUAAACACUGCAGCAACCGCCGCGCGUGGCAGGCUGUCAGUGAGUGGUUUAUUCAACCGCUCCUUAGGAUUACUGUGCGGAAGAAGAAAGUAUUUGUGGAUGCUGCUGUGGAGACACUGUGUAACCUGGCCAGGACAAAUAGUUUUGGGCCGAGGGCGUUUGCAGAACUUCUUCGUGGUUGUACCGCCGCUCACGCAGCGACGCGAAGUUACACUUUCAGCGUACUCCAGCUCUUUAUACAACAAUGUAAGAACAAUGAGGGUGAAUUUGCCCUUUCGCCAUACCUUGGCGAUGUAUGCCGAGUGUUGCGUUCGGGGCUGUCAGAUGCUGACGCUCAGACGAGGCGGUGCGCGCGUGACUGCUACUGGAAUUUUCGUUCUGCAGAGGCGGAAGCCGCAGAGACAUUGUAUAACGAACUUGAAGCACCUGUAAAACGUAUGUUAGGACAGGACCGGAAUAGGUUAACUAUCGAGAAUAUGGUUCCUAAGAUUGACAGAAACCCCACUACUGCCGCAACUCCUGCUUCUAAACUUGCCCGCGGGACGGAUCGUGCCCUCUCGACACCGCAGGAGGAACCAGGAGCAGUGGAAGCCGCUGCACCUCCGGAGAACUCGAAAACUAAGGGAGAACCCGAGGCAGGUGGGAAAGCCACUGAGGAGUGUGGGCCCGAUGUACUACUUGAGUCUCUUUCCAGUUCUGCGUGGGAGGAGCGUUUACGAGGCGUGCGUCGGGUUGUGGAAGACUUCCCGUAUCUCCGGCAUAAGGAGGAGUGCGUGAAGCUGCUGGUCGUUCGACUGAAUGACUCAAAUGGUCAAGUUGCGCUGGCGGCCCUUGAGGUGUUGCCGCUGGUUUUCCGUCUUGCGCCUUCGUUGUUCAAGGCUCUGCUACCUGAAUUAAUCACCUCACUACUAAUCAAUGUGAGUGAACGCAAGGGAUUCUCAGGGGUGUCAAGGAGACUUCUUGUUAGUACCAUUAGAGCUAAUUCCAUUGACGAUGUGAUGGAUGCAAUUUACUGCGAACUGCGGAGGAUUGUCUCUCCGAGCCUGAAGGUACACGCUUUAGAAUACGCCAAAUAUCUGUAUAUCGACAACGCUGUACACUUUGCGCAACUGACGCCGAUGCGACGCGCCGUGGAGGAGCUGCUGCCGAUUAUACAAACUGAGGGACCCCACAACCUCGUGCGUAAAUCAGCUGCUUCAGCACUCACUGCCCUGUACGUCACUUCUAGGGGUACGUUCAUACGCGUUCUGUCACAUCAUCUUUCGCCUAGUGACUGUGAAAGUAUAGUUGACGAGCUUCAAUUGGCAAUUCCGCACCUCGGACAGGAGUGUCGUCGUACUUUGACUGGACAGAAGCCGCUUCCGCACCCAGUGCCGGUUGUGCGAUGCGCGUUUGCUGACAUUUUGACAAAAGAGGACAGAACACCACCAAAGGAUGCGAAUGCGAAGGAGUUAACGGUGUCCAAGUCGACUGACCGUGGAAAUGCUACACACAGUACCAUUCAAAGACCUUCUACAGCUUGUGCGAAGGGAGUUCAUGACCGCCCCCCUGAAAGACGAAGUAACAAAAGAUACCUCGGAGAACGCAAGGUUGCCAGUCCAGCACCUAUGGAUCGGCGGAGAUCCCCCAUGGGUAGGACUUCAAAUGGUGAUGGUGUUUCGCCUCUGCGUGGUAAAGGCGCCACUCACCACGUUCCAAUGACUCUGCCGUAUGCACUUCCCAUUCACGGUGGGGGCAAUGACUACAGCCCAGCGGAUUUGUUAGAAUGGCUAGACAGGACGAACGUCUCUACCGACACUCGUGAUAUUUUGGAUGCCAUUGCUUUUGCGAUUGCGAAAAAUCCCUCAUCGUGGGGGGAAGUGUUUAACCGCCUUCUCGUUCUGUUAGAGAGGCUCAUCCCCGACUCGUGCGAGCCAAGUCAUACGGUACGUUUUCUUGCUCUUAAGGUGCUUCAUACAGUGGUGGGAAGUGGAGUCCUCCGUCAGGCUGUGAAUCGAUCUCUAAAGCGUAUACUUCUUCUUGUGCGCGCGGGGAUUGAUGAUGUGUUCCCAGAGGUUCAUAUGGAUGCUGCGGCAGUCCUUCAUUUGAUUAUCAACAGCGGGUUGUACUCAACUGAUCAUCUCCUCAACGCUGUCGCUAUGACUUUGGACACGUGGUUGCGGAGCAAUAAGGUGGGUUACAGCAGCAGGGGUUGGUUGACGAUGUUAGAAGCCAUUAAACAUAUUUUCUUUCAACUUGGAUGCUCAGCCGUGCUAGUUCCGUGUGCCUUCAAGGAAUAUGCAGAACUGAAAGAUACCACCCCGGGUGUUGUGAGCGAACCAGUUCUCCACCGCGUUUGCAGUACUGUGGUGUCUGCCGUUCAUCAUAGCGUCCCUGAAGUGCGUUUAACAGCGGUUGUUGCUUGUGUUGCUAUUUGGAUGACAUUUGACACUGCUGCAUUGCCUUAUUUUGUUGAUCUCACAGCAAGCCAACGGAAACUUAUUUCAAUGUACUUCACAAAGUUGGCCGAUGUUCCUGUGGAUGAUUUGAAGAUUACAAAUACUGAACGCGACAUGACGAGUGAUAUGCGUGCAGCCGGACUGCCAUAUGCCACUCACCUGUAA